UUGGUCAGGUGGCUGCGACUGCGGCUGCAAACGGGUUUCAGUUGAGUUUGGGGCCUCAAAGGCGACGAUACACGACAUUCGAUUCGAGACAGACCGCGAUGAUGACUAAUUUCCUGAUUAUGACCGUCUUUUUGGCCAGCUUGUGCCUGGGCAUUGGCCAAAUCCAAGGAGCCUCCAUUGUUUGCGGCUCCGCGGAGACGAAGUCUCUGGAGGAUUCGGAGGCGGCGACCACGCCCAGUCCCAGCGAGGUCAACAAGUUCGUCCACAGUCUGCAAUGCACUCUGGAGAAGGCCAAGCCCUGGAUAGCCAACAUCGAGAAGGAGGCCAAGAUUCUGGAGGAGAAGGCCCGCGAUGUCACCAGAUCGCUCUUCCAGCGCAUCAACAUGCUGGUCAAUGUGCUGGCCCUGCCUUCAAACUCCGAAAAGGAUAAGAAUAAGAAUAAGGAUAAGGAACCAGAGGAUGUCCAAUCCUCCACAGAGGGAUCUUCCACUUCGGAGGCUUCUAGCUCUAGCUCUAGCUCUAGUGCCAGUUCCAAAAACGAUCUUAAGGAGGAGCUGCUGACCACCACUUCGCAACCAAUUCACAUGGACUGGCUGGAGGAUCAGGCCAAUGAGGUGGACUACAUCCCCGAGAAGAGCCAGUAGUGUACCUAGCUAAGCCGUAUGCCUAAAAAUAUUUAUAUUAAUUAAUAAAGAUGUUUGCUCUUACUGGAAGUAAGCCAAUCCUAUACAGACAAAAAACUAGUGCAAGUUAAAAUUUUUGUUUUCAAUCCAUUAACAAGUGGGCAAUUUUCAAUGUAAUAAGCCAAGUUUCCAGACCAAAUUAAUACGAAAUUUCAUAAAAACAAGCAUUUUUUCUUAUCAUUUUAUUGUUCCUAUGUAUUAAAAAAAACACCACCAUUUUAUUCAAUUUGAUAUUUUCCAUUGAGUAAUGUGAAAUUGAUAUUAAUUGAAUUCGUAAUGAUUUGUUCUUUCUCAAUUUCAUCAUCUUUGUUUUCUGUGUACUUAGAACAAGGCCAACAUACAACUGAUUUUCUUGAAGGGCUUUUCUAAUUAUUACUUUUUGUAAGACAGCAAAUAUUUAGAAUUAAA